UCCUGAUUCAACUUUGGCAGGUCGUCAAUUUGUACAGGAGCUAGAAAUUGGAAAAAUCCAGGAGCAAAGAAAUGUCUAUGGCUAACCCUGAAGUAUCCAUCCAAAGUCCAUAUAAAACCUACAAGCAGGUUAAUUUGAUAUCCAUUCCAAGAGAAUGGAAAGGAAGGGACAGAGAACGAUGAUUGUUCUAGUGGAGCUUAGCUUCAUUUCAAUAUUAUGGCUAACCCAAAUUCUACCAGCUGAGCCUAAUUGUCUGUCCAUCUGUGGUGAUGUUAUAAUCCAAUUUCCAUUUGGAAUUGGGAAAGGUUGUUACCUGGAUGACAGUUUUGAGGUAACUUGCAACUACUCGUUUACACCUCCAAAGCCUUUCAUAAAUAGCAUCAACAUGGAAUUGCUGGAAGUUUCAACAGGAGGCGAAUUUCAAGUCAGCAAUCCAGUAAUUUAUUCCGAUUGCAGCAACAAAGCCUCCAAUAGUACAGCGGUUUCCCUUUUAGGAACCCCUUUCGUCUUUUCAAACGCUUCUAGCAGGUUCACAGCCAGGGGUUGCGACAAUUAUGCUCUAUUUGUCGAGGAUGUUGGUAACACAGUUGGAGGGUGCCUGUCUAUUUGUCCUAGUGGAGCUAAUGAAAGUGGCUGCUAUGGUAUCAACUGUUGCCAGGCCACUAUCCCUCCUUAUGUCCAGUAUUUUGAAGCAAACAUGACAAACCCUUUUAGCAGCAGUGCCGAUCGCAGCAGCUGCAAGUCCGCUUUCAUGGUUGAUCAAAAUUGGUUUGUAUCAAGAAGCCUUGAUGAUCUGAACGUCGUGGAUCAUGUCCCUGCAGUGCUUGAUUGGGCAGUUGAUCAAGGAUAUUGUGAUAUAAGUCGCAAGCAAAUUAAUUGUACGUCUGACUACUGUUGGACAAAACUUAAAGAAAAUCAAGUUUGCAUUUGCAGCGGAUGUGAAGAUAUAGGCAGAUGCACUGAUCCAAGGAGAUAUGGCUGUCGUUUGUACUGCAUUUACACACCAGGAGGCUACAAUUGCUCCUGUCCAUAUGGGUAUGAACCUCUUGGCAGCAACAGAUGUUACUAUGACUGGUCAGACAAAAAAUCUCGGACCAAGUUCAUCAUCAUAGGCUGUUUAUCAGGUAUUGGAUUACUGUUCUUUCUAGUUGGAUUAUGGUUGUUGUACAAGUUAUUGAAGAGAAGAAAGGCCAUGAAGCUCAAGCAAAAAUUCUUCAAAAGGAAUGGUGGAUUGUUAUUACAACAACUGUCUUCCACUGAAAAUAACGUUGAGCAAGCAAAAGUUUUUACUUCUAAGGAAUUGGAGAAAGCAACUGAUCACUAUCAUGUAAACCGAAUCCUUGGCCAAGGAGGUCAAGGAACAGUAUACAAAGGAAUGUUGACAGAUGGGAGAGUUGUUGCUAUUAAGAAAUCCAAAGUAGUGGAUGAAGACAAGCUUGAGCAAUUCAUCAACGAGGUGUUGAUUUUAUCACAAAUAAACCAUAGAAAUGUGGUGAAGCUACUUGGAUGUUGUUUGGAGACGGAAGUUCCUUUACUUGUUUAUGAGUUCAUCCCUAAUGGAACGCUGUUCCAAUAUAUACAUAAUAAAAAUGAAGAGUUUCCAAUUACAUGGGAAAUGCGUUUGCGCAUUGCCACAGAAGUUGCAGGUGCUCUAUCUUAUUUGCAUUCAGCAGCUUCCAUGCCUAUUUAUCAUAGAGAUAUCAAGUCAUCCAAUAUUCUUUUGGAUGAUAAGUUUAGAGCAAAAGUGGCAGACUUUGGCACCUCAAAAUCAAUUUCAAUUGAUCAAACACAUGUGACCACUCGAGUACAAGGAACCUUUGGAUAUUUAGAUCCUGAGUACUUCCAGUCAAGCCAAUUUACAGAUAAAAGUGAUGUUUAUAGUUUUGGUGUAGUUCUUGUCGAGCUUUUGACUGGGCGAAAGCCUAUUUCUUCAACAUUAUCUGUUGAAGAGAGAAGUUUAGCUACAUACUUUAUAUUUUCAAUGGAGGAGAAUCGUUUGUUUGAAAUUGUUGAUGCUCAAGUUCUCAAGGAAGGUGGGAACGAAGAAAUUAUUGCAAUUGCUAAGCUUGCCAAAAAAUGCUUGAACUUGAAUGGAAAGAAGAGACCCACGAUGAAGACAGUGGCAAUGGAGUUAGAAGGGAUUAGAGCAUCUCAUGGAGUUUCGCCCAUCAUGGAACAAGAUUACGAAGAGGUUGAUUAUAUUGUAGGUGACUAUACAGCCGCAUGGGAUGUUGCUUCUUCUUCAACCAGAUCAUUGAAUAGUAGUAUACCAUUGAUGAAAUAAUAGAUAUUUUUAGGGGGAAAAACCACGUAAUUUUAAUUUGUGUUGUCAUUUUAAUUUUUAGCGUUGUGAUGAAAUUUGGAUGUACUGUAGGUGAUGCUUUUGGUUUGAUUAAGUUAAAAACUAAUAUGAUUAGAGUGGAGGAUUGGUAGUUUGUGUAUCUUCAAUGAGCUAUAAUGAGAAUGGUGAUAUUGUUCUGGGAGCCUGCAAA